AUGCUAGAGUUGGGCACCUUUUCGGGCAGCUCUCAGACCCUCUCUGAUCACAAUGCCCUGGCAGUGCCGCAGCUGGGCCGGGGCGUGUGCGGCGGGAGCGUGCCGCGGUGUUACGUCCUCCAGCCGCAGGAAUCGGAGAGCUGGCACAAGCACCGCGGGGCCCUGGCGGACGCCUCCGGCUCCUGCUCCCUGCUGGAACCCCAGAGCCUCACCGAAAGCCUGCUCUCGCACGCCACCAGCUUCGACACCCUCUACGUGCCCCACAUCCGACCGCCCGGCGCUACCUCCUCCCUGGAGCUGGCCGCGUCUCGCGAAGGCAAUCCGCUGGGACUGGACCCCGACAUGCCAGUCAGCCCGCACGUCAUUAAACGCCGUCGCGGUGGUCUCAUUGAACAACGGGAUAUCAUUAAGGCUCACCAGGCACACAAGAUCCAGAGCACCCCGCAGGCCCGGCGUAAGGAGUGGGAAAUGGCCAGGUUUGGAGACGAUGUCCCCGGCUUGUUGGGAGCUGGGGAUGGGGGUUCGGAGCGGAGUAGGAACCGGGAUGCACCGGCGGUAUCCACAGGUGGAGUUUCACCAGCCUUCAAACAGACCAAAGCGCAGAGAGCCCGCACUAUGGCCCUGUAUAACCCCAUUCCCGUCAGGCAAAAUUGUUUCACCGUCAACAGAUCGCUCUUCAUUUUCGGUGAGGACAACGUCGUUAGGAAGUACGCCAAGAAGAUAAUAGAGUGGCCUCCAUUCGAGUACAUGAUCCUAGCCACCAUCAUCGCUAACUGCAUCGUGCUCGCGCUGGAACAACAUCUGCCUGGCGAGGACAAGACGCCCAUGUCAAAGAGACUGGAAAAAACAGAACCUUAUUUCAUUGGAAUGUUUUGCUUUGAAGCCGGAAUAAAAAUCGUGGCCUUAGGAUUUGUAUUCCAUAAGGGUUCCUACCUGAGGAAUGGCUGGAACGUCAUGGACUUCAUCGUAGUCCUAAGCGGGAUUUUGGCUACGGCAGGGGCUCACAUGAACAUCCCAGUGGACCUGCGGACCCUCAGGGCAGUCCGUGUACUUAGACCACUCAAACUGGUCUCUGGAAUUCCCAGCCUGCAGAUAGUAUUGAAGUCCAUUGUAAAGGCCAUGGUGCCACUGCUUCAGAUCGGGCUGCUCCUGUUCUUUGCCAUCCUCAUGUUUGCCAUCAUAGGCCUGGAGUUCUACAGCGGACGACUACACUGGACCUGUAUACCUGAGAAUGACAAAGUGAAGAAAAUGGCUGACCCGCACCCCUGCGGUGUGAGAUUAUGUCCAAGCAACUACUCCUGCAAUGAGACCUGGAUUGGUCCGAAUGACGGAAUAACGCAGUUUGAUAACAUCCUGUUUGCUGUGCUAACCGUCUUCCAGUGUAUCACUAUGGAGGGCUGGACUACUGUAUUUUAUAAUACCAAUGAUGCUGUAGGCUCCAUGUGGAACUGGCUUUACUUCAUUCCUCUCAUUAUUAUUGGCUCUUUCUUUGUGCUGAACCUGGUCUUGGGAGUCCUAUCAGGGGAGUUCGCCAAGGAGAGAGAGAGAGUGGAAAAUCGACGGGCUUUUAUGAAGCUGAGGAGACAGCAGCAGAUUGAGAGGGAGCUGAAUGGCUAUCGAGCCUGGAUAGACAGGGCAGAAGAGGUGAUGCUGGCAGAAGAGAACAAGAAUUCUGGACCAUCUGCUUUGGAUGUAUUAAAGAGAGCCACGAUUAAGAGGAGAGGAGUGGACGCCAUCCACAGAGGUCCGGGAGAAGAUCAAUAUGCUGAUAUUUCCUCUGUGGGUAUGCCUUUAAACAGAACCAGCAUUCGUAGUGUAAAAAGAGGACCCACUGCUUACUUCCGUCGCAAGGAGCGCAUGUUGCGUAUCUCCAUCCGUCGCAUGGUGAAGACGCAUACUUUUUACUGGACUGUCCUCGGCCUUGUGGCCCUCAACACCAUCUGUGUGGCCAUCGUACACCACAAACAGUCCCCCUGGCUCUCCAAUUUCCUCUACUAUGCAGAAUUUCUUUUUCUGGGGCUGUUUCUCACUGAGAUGUUUCUGAAGAUGUACAGUUUAGGACCCAGGAACUACUUCCACUCCUCAUUCAACUGCUUUGACUGUGGGGUGAUUGUGGGUAGUAUUUUUGAGGUAGUUUGGGGGUUCUUCAGACCUGGUAUGUCCUUUGGGAUCAGCGUCCUGAGAGCUCUGCGUUUGCUGAGAAUCUUCAAAAUUACCAAGUACUGGGCAUCACUUAGAAACCUCGUGGUGUCUCUGAUGAACUCUAUGAAAUCCAUUAUCAGCUUGUUGUUCCUGCUUUUUCUCUUCAUUGUGGUUUUUGCACUCCUGGGAAUGCAGCUCUUUGGUGGCAGGUUCAUCUUUGAUGAUUACACCCCCACCAACUUUGAUACCUUUCCAGCUGCCAUUAUGACAGUGUUUCAGAUCCUGACGGGUGAAGACUGGAACGAGGUGAUGUACAAUGGUAUACGCUCACAGGGAGGAGUCAAUUCAGGAAUGUGGUCAUCCAUUUACUUCAUUGUCCUCACUCUGUUUGGAAACUACACGCUACUCAACGUCUUUUUGGCUAUUGCUGUUGAUAAUUUGGCCAAUGCUCAGGAACUCACUAAGGAUGAAGAAGAAGAAGAGGAGGCAUUCAAUCAGAAACAUGCCCUCCAGAAAGCCAAAGAGGUUGGCCCCAUGUCUUCCUUCAUGUCAUCAGACAGGAGGAGACGGCCUUACCUGUACAGAAAACGGGCAAUUCACAGGAGCCGGCCUGCCUACUCUCUGGAGGAGAGCUUCCCUGAAGGAUCAAAUGCUCCACCACUCAAUGCCUCUAACUCUUUCAUGUCCAGGAGAGAGAGGAGGAGACGUAUGACCAUGUCUGUGUGGGAGCAGAGAACCAGCCAGCUGCGCCGGCACCGCCAGAUGUCCAGCCGAGAGAUUCUCUUCAGCAGCCCUAGCGAGGAUCAUGACGGCCCCCCUGGCUGUCACCACCACCGAAAAUCUGGACUCUCCCCAGCAGACAGCGUGCGAUGCAAACCCGAGACGACCAUACCCGCGGAGCCGACGAUGCCUAUGGACAUGCCUGUGGAGAAUCAGCAGUCCCUGUCUGUUCCAGAUCCCUCUUUAGCGACGGCUUUACCUGAGACUCCCAUGCCGAUGGAUAUGCCUCUACCGGAGCCGCCAGUGGCCCUGAAUCUGCCCAUACCGGAGCCGCCAGAAUCAAAGCCCGUAUCCGAGAGUUCGCUUGGCAUCAACAACCAUUACCACCUGCCUCUGAACGGCAGACGGAGUCCCAGACUCAAUGGUGAUAGGAGGCAGCGAGCAGUCAGAAAACACAGACCCCCUGCUGGGGAUAUACUGACCCCUAACAUGGGGCCCAGGCCAAGGAGGUCACGUAAUCCUGAGCAAAACGCAGACACACAAGGCAAAGACCUAUCGCAGGCUGACUCGGAUCAGUCUGCCAAUCAAGAACAGAGAGAAGGGCAAGAGGAGAGCAAGAAUGAAUCAGAGAUGAACACGGAGAGCAAAACGCCUGAGCAGAGGUGAUUCAAAGAGCCCCAGGACGCAGAACCUGCCACCUUACAACUACCUGAUGUCACAGCUCAGGACCCUCCAGAGGCCACCAGGGGUUUCUCUGAGGCAGAGACCAACAAAUCUGCCUCUCUAAAGGAGGACAGGUCUCCCCUGAGCACCAGCAUCGUGAUUGAGGUGACAGGCAUUCAGCCUUCACUGGAGCUUUCCUCCAUCACAGGUAACAGCAAAGACAUUGAGGCGUCCAAAUCAGAAAAGGAAGAAGAGGAGACCACGGUCCCUACCAAUGUUCCACCACCUAAUAGCAUGUUCAUCUUCAAACCCAAUAACCCGAUCCGCAGGGCCUGUCACUAUAUUGUCAACCUGCGUUAUUUUGAGAUGUCCAUCCUUCUGGUGAUCGCUGCUAGCAGCAUCGCUUUGGCCGCUGAAGACCCAGUGGUCACCCAAUCUGAGCGGAACAAAGUGCUACGCUAUUUUGACUACGUGUUCACAGGAGUUUUCACAUUUGAAAUGAUCAUUAAGAUGAUUGAACAAGGCUUGAUCCUCCAUGAUGGCUCCUACUUUCGUGACCUGUGGAAUAUUUUGGAUUUCAUCGUUGUGGUCGGGGCUCUGAUUGCUUUUGCUCUCACAAAUGUCAUGGGGAAUAAUAAAGGAAGAGAUAUUAAAACCAUAAAGUCUCUGAGAGUCCUACGAGUACUGAGACCACUGAAGACCAUAAAAAGACUUCCAAAACUGAAGGCGGUUUUUGACUGCGUAGUCACAUCGCUCAAGAACGUAUUCAACAUCCUCAUUGUCUACAAGCUCUUCAUGUUCAUCUUUGCGGUCAUUGCUGUACAGCUGUUUAAAGGGAAGUUUUUCUACUGCACAGAUAGCUCCAAAGACACAGAGAAGGAGUGCCAAGGUUAUUACAUCGACUACGAGAAAGACAAGAAGGAGAUGAAGAGGAGAGAGUGGAGGAGACAUGACUUUCAUUAUGACAACAUCGUCUGGGCUUUGCUCACACUCUUCACUGUGUCCACAGGAGAAGGGUGGCCACAAGUUCUUCAGCACUCAGUGGAUGUGACCGAAGAGGACCGGGGUCCCAGCCGAGGGAACAGAAUGGAGAUGUCUAUCUUUUAUGUUGUCUAUUUUGUUGUUUUUCCUUUCUUUUUUGUAAACAUCUUUGUGGCCCUCAUCAUCAUUACCUUUCAAGAGCAAGGGGACAAAAUGAUGGAAGAGUGCAGCUUGGAGAAGAAUGAGAGGGCCUGCAUUGAUUUUGCCAUCAGUGCUAAACCGCUAACACGCUACAUGCCCCAAAACAGACAAACCUUUCAGUAUCGCCUGUGGCAUUUUGUGGUUUCUCCUUCAUUUGAAUACACUGUAUUGGCCAUGAUAGCCCUCAACACCAUUGUCCUCAUGAUGAAGUACUAUUCUGCCCCUCCAGCGUAUGACGCAGUACUGAAGCACCUAAACACAGCAUUCACGGUGCUAUUCUCUGUGGAGUGUGUCCUCAAGAUCUUAGCCUUUGGCUUUUUGAAUUACUUCCGGGACACGUGGAAUAUAUUCGACUUCAUCACUGUUCUCGGUAGUAUCACUGAGAUAGUGGUUGACCUGCAGUCAGGCAAUAUCAACAUGAGCUUCCUAAAGCUUUUCCGGGCCGCUCGUCUCAUUAAGCUCCUCAGACAGGGCUACACCAUACGUAUCCUCCUCUGGACCUUUGUCCAGUCCUUUAAGGCCCUUCCAUAUGUGUGUCUACUCAUUGCAAUGCUGUUCUUCAUUUAUGCAAUCAUUGGGAUGCAGGUUUUUGGAAACAUUAAGCUGAAUGAAGAGAGCCACAUCAAUGAACAUAACAACUUCAGAACUUUCUUGGGUGCUCUGAUGCUGCUGUUCAGGAGUGCCACAGGAGAGUCGUGGCAGGAGAUCAUGUUGUCGUGUCUGGGAGGACAGGAGUGUGAACACGACCCUUCUCAAGGGGAGAUCCCUGAAGACUGCGGCACUGACUUUGCCUAUUUCUACUUUGUCUCCUUCAUCUUCUUCAGCUCCUUCCUGAUGCUGAAUCUGUUUGUGGCCGUGAUCAUGGAUAACUUCGAGUACCUCACUCGGGAUUCCUCCAUUCUGGGUCCUCACCACCUGGACGAGUUCGUCCGCAUCUGGGGCGAGUAUGACCGUGCCGCAUGUGGCCGUAUUCAUUACACUGAUAUGUACGAGAUGCUGACGCACAUGUCGCCCCCUCUUGGUCUCGGCAAGAAAUGCCCCUCCAAAGUGGCUUAUAAGAGGUUGGUGUUAAUGAACAUGCCGGUGGAUGAUGAGAUGUCGGUCCACUUCACCUCCACCCUCAUGGCUCUGAUCCGCACCGCCCUGGAAAUCAAAAUAGCCAGAGGUGGUGAGGACAGAGGGCAGAUGGACAUUGAGCUGCAGAAGGAGAUCAGUGUCAUUUGGCCUCACCUCUCUCAGAAAACACUGGACCUACUUGUGCCCAUCCACAAAGCCAGCGACAUGACUAUUGGGAAGAUCUAUGCUGCUAUGAUGAUCAUGGACUAUUACAAACAGAGCAAAGCCAAGAAACUCAGACAGCAGUUGGAGGAACAGAAACACGCUCCGAUGUUCCAGCGCAUGGACGCCUCCUCCCUUCCGCAGGACAUCCUCAGCAGUGCCAAAGCUUUACCCUUCCUACCCCACAGUGCUGGAUCUGCCCUGACAAGAGGAGGUUUCGUUGCUCUGAGUCCCAUCUCUCCUCAGGAGCUCUUUAUGCAGCCUAGGACACAAGACAGCGUGGAGCCAAAGGAUGACUUCCAGCCUCGCUACCGGCCGCAUCAUCUCCACACCAUGGUCCCGGAGCACAAAGAAUUUAAUCGGGUCCUUUGCCCCACUAACAGGCAGGCUGGCCCGCUCGAGGUGCCAGGGAGGGCCGUGUCUAUCCGAGCCUCCUCUAUGCCUCGUCUGGCCAUAGAGCCACAGAUGAGCACAGAGGGCAAGUUAAUGAAGCGAUCUUUCUCCACCAUUGGGGAUCAGUGUGUGAAUGGUGUUUGGCAAGAGGAGUUCUCCCUAGAGAGGGUCAGCCCUGACCGGCUCCAGAGAUCUCGACAAAGAAGCUACAGAGGUGUCAGGUCUAACCACAGAGAGCAGAUAGACAGGGAGAGAGGUCGGUCUAAAGAACGGCGCCACCUGUUGUCACCUGAUGUAUCACGCUGUAACUCCGAGGAGCGUAGCCAGCACCAGUCGCAGGAGCGUGGGCAGUCUCGCUCACCCAGCGAGGGUCGGACACACACCCCGCAAAGACAGGGCAACAAUACGGGGAGUCCAGUCCCAUCCACAUCUGAGUCCAGCACCCCACGAGGUCGUCGCCAACUCCCACAAACCCCUUCGCGACCCCGCCCGCACAUCUCGUACUCCCCUUUAGUUUGCCGCGCCCACGCGUCUCCGCCGGAAGCAGGGGAAGGCCGUCCACGGACCCAGACGACGGGAGAGGGGGAGGAGCCUUCCUGGGAGGAGGAGAGACCAUCUCUGGGUUCAGGGCAAGGGGCAGGUGUUAGCCACUCCUCUCCUCAUCGCUACAUCUCAGAGCCUUACCUGCCCUUGCACGAGGAAAUCAACAGCCCGGACUCCACCGGUCAGGAGGAGACUCUCACCUUUGAGGCCGCCAUGGCAACCAGCCUGGGACGGGCCAACACCAUCAGCUCUGCGCCGCAGCUGCGACACAACUGGCAGGUUCCGAACGGGCAUUUCCGGAAGCGGCUGGCCCAGGCCUCCUCCGUGUCGGGCUGCGAGCUCUUGAGUGACACUGACGAAGAUGACCGCUGUUAG